AUGGGAAAGUGGAGAUAUGGAGUUGUUCUGGAUGCUGGGUCCUCUGGGACGCGCGUCCACAUUUACCGUUGGUUGAACAACAACACAGCCCGCCAGAAGGCUAGCGAUGCGCAGUUACAUAGCCUGCCCGUCAUAGAAACCUACAAGGAGUGGACUAAGAAGAUACACCCUGGUAUUUCGACCUUUGGCGAACACCCUCACGAUGUUGGAUCAGAGCACCUCGAUAAACUACUCAGCCAUGCGCUCAAAUAUGUACCCCUCGAAGAAGUCCCGAAUACCCCUCUUUUCUUGCUUGCGACAGCGGGGAUGCGCAUCCUUCCCGAGCGACAGCGCAAAGACGUGCUAAAAGAGGUGUGCGCCUUUGCGCGAAGCCUGAAGGCGGAGGUUACAAAGGAGGGCAAAAUCAUUGAUUCAGACGACGAUGACGAUGACGAGCCGAAACCAAAGGCAGCAGCGAAGCUUGUAGGGACUGGCAAGUUCAAAGAGUGUCUUCACCAGACGUACCCAUUGCUUGAGAAAGAGAAAAAGUGCACCGACUCGCCAUGCUUGAUCAACGGCCAACACGUACCCGCCAUCGACUUCGACGUCAACCAUUUCGUAGGUGUAUCAGAGUUCUGGCAUACAACACACGAAAUUUUCGAACAUGGACACAAGGACAAGGCGUAUGACUUCAAGACCUACCAGGAGCGCGUGAAAGAGUUCUGCGAUCAAGACUGGAAGAGUGUCAAAAAGGGCAUCAAGAAAAACAAAUGGGGCCACAAGGUCGACGAAGAAAAGGCACGGGAAGUAUGUUUCAAGGCAUCCUGGGUGAUCAACAUGCUCCACGACGGAAUCGGCGUACCACGAGUCGGCAUCGAAAAAAUGCCAGGCAACAAAAACACCACCAAAGCCGUGAUCAACAACGCAAAAGCAAAAGGCUUCCUCGACCCCUUCCAAGCCGUAAACAAGAUCAACGACGUAGAAGUAAGCUGGACGCUCGGCAAAAUGGUCCUCUACGCCUCCAGCGAAAUCCCACCGCCCACCGAGCAAGCCUUAGCCGUAGGCUUCGGUUCCAACGCCCCCGGCAUCCCCUCGGACUUCCAAUACCCCGGCGGCACACCCACGCCCUACGAAUCAGACAGCGACUGGCACCGCCUCUUUGUCGAGCACCCCCAAGGCAUCCCCAGCUUUUUCCUGCUCAUCUUCAUCUUCAUCUUCAUCAUCUGCCUCAUCCUCGGCAAGGAAAAACGCAAAGCAGCCGCCCAAACCUUCGCCAAAUUCUUCAAACCAAAACACGGUAAAGACCCCCUACACCGUCGUCGUGGUCGCAGCUUUCCAGCAAAACUCUUCGGCCUCCGCAAUUCUUCCCCGUCGACAAACUACGAGCGCGUUGACCUGGAAGACGGCGACGCGGCGAAUGAAUUCGAACUGGAUGAGACGUACAUUGAUUCCAGCGAUAAUGACCUUUCUGAUUCAAGUGAUGGGUCGAAAGUUGGUGUUACGAGCGGUUGGGCUACUCCGCAGAUUAAAAAUGAAGUCGCGGGGGCUACUCCGAUGUAUUUUAGCGCCGGUACGGCUGGCGAUGCUGUGAGAGAGGGCACGGGACUGGGGUUGGGUCCGCCUGGGGCGUUUGAACUCGGCCGCACGUAUAGUCGUGAGAGGAUCAAGAGUCGGGCAAGUAGUCCCAAGAGGUCGAAGAUGGGGGUGCUUGAUGAGUGA